AAAUAAUCUCUCUCUCUCUCUCUCUCUCUCUCUCUCUCUCUCUCUCUCUCUCUCUCUCUCUCUCUCUCUCUCUCUCUCUUAGAUAAACAUAAUAAAAAAAGGCGAGUUGAGAUGGAGAUGGUUGUAUCUGCAGUUGCAGGUGACCUACUUAAUCGAUUCAUGUCCUUCUUGAUCAGCAAGUACCAAAAUGAAGAGAACUUAGAGGAGAAGAUGGAAAGGCUGCAAGAUCUCCUUAUUAGAGUUCAUAUGGUCGUCGAAGAGGCCGAGGCACGAUACAUCACCAACUCAAAUAUGCUACUUCAGCUCAAGAAGCUUGUGGAGGUCAUGUACCGAGGAUACCAUGUCAUGGACACCGUCAAGUAUAGGAACCUUCACAACUCAAGGACUGAAAAGGAGAAAAGCAGCAGAUCAUCAACAUCUUACUGCAAGAUAAUCUUCCUCCCUUCACUCCAACAGUACUCCCAAUGAUAGGUGGUAGUAGAGUCGGUAAGAAAACUCUAAUUGCACAUGUGUGCAACAACGAGAAAGUCAGGUCACACUUCUCUUCUAUCUUGCACUUGAAUGGUGAAAACAUUGGAAGAAUGGAGCAUGAACCUUUCAUGACUGGGAGGUCCUUGGUUGUGGUUGAGUUUUCUACAGAUGUCGAUGAUGAGAGUUGGCUGAAAUUUUAUUCAUCAGCAAAACAGAUGGGAAGAGGAAGCAAGAUCGUAAUCAUAAGUAGGAUUGCAAAGAUAUCGAGGUUCGGGACAGUAAAGCCUGUUCGUCUGAAUAGCUUGUCGAACGAGGAGUAUAGCUACCUCUUCAAGGUUCUCGCAUUUGGGAGUACAAACCCGGAGGAACACCCUCAGUUAGCAUCAAUAGCAAAGGAUCUAGCAGUGGCCUUGGGAGGAUCACUCGUCACAGCAAACGUGUAUGCUCAUAUGCUGAGGAAGAAUCAGAAUGUUCGCUUCUGGCUCAGCAUACUAAAAAAAUACAGGAAUAUGGUGGAGAACAACUUCUCAGUGUUCGGUGAGCAUCAAAAGGAUCUUAUGGACAAACGUCAUCCUGUGGAUAUAACCAGACUUGCAUCAACGUCUGCUACACUACACCUCAUGCCUCCUCAUAGCGAAAUCGAUGAUUCCAAAAGGGAACUGCCGAAGGUGAUGUUUGGAGAUCUGUUUGCCUGUACAGCUGUUCUACCGAAGGAGGAGUUUGAGUUAGUCUCGGGGGAAUCUCGGAUCCCCCCUUACAAAAGGUUUCUUAACCUUGCUACAUACUGUGACGAGGAAAAGAUCUCUCAGCAUUAUACAGAAUCACCUAGCAAGAAGCGCCAACGGUUAGAUAAGUAACAUGGUAGGAACGUCAAUUGUAAUUUAGUAUGAGAUUGUAUCAGUUGUCCCUGCAAUAUAAUCAACAAGUGCACACUACACAAGAAAUCAAUAUAGAAGACAUCAUAUUAAUGAUGGCAGUUUAGAAACCAUCACUAAUGUUAUAUUAAUGACGGGUUCAAUAAUGACUCGUUACUAAUGUGACCCCGGGCUGGGACUCUACCAAGACUCAUCACUAAUAUCAGAGUUAUUAAUAACGGAUU